AUGUAUUUACAGCUGUUGCUGAUGAUUACAGUUACAGCAGCUGCAGAGCAACGACCACCUGACUUCCUGGUCAGAGUUGGUGAUGAAGUGACUUUGCCUUGUAAAGACGUGACUGAUGGUCAGAAUAAAUGUGACAGAACAACUUGGAUCUUCAUCCGUUCAAUGCCAACAGUGACGCUGUUUGAAGUUGGGAAGAUUAAUUUAACUGUAUCAGACAGACUGAGUGUUACUGUUAACUGCUCUCUGGUCAUAAAGAAGGUCAUCAUGGAGGAUGUUGGUCGUUACACCUGCAGGCGGUUAACAUCAGGACAACAAGGACCAAACUCCUCUGUUCAUCUAGCUGUUGUUCUCAUGACUGAACAGAAGAUCAGUAAUUCAUUCGUCUUAAGCUGCUCUGUGAUGGAUUAUGAAAUCCAGAAACACACAGUGGAGUGGCUGUAUGAGGGGGAAGGAGAAACAUCCUCACAUAUAAAAUCAUCACUGCCCAUCUAUUGUUCUACUGUGGUGCUGACAACUUCCCUUCAUCAAAACUCAACAUUUUUUAGCUCUACAAAAUGUAACGUCACAAAUAUCUCAACUAAAGAAGUUCAGCUGUUCACCUUCAGCCACCAGUCAACAGAUCAGAAAACAGAUCAGAAAACAGGUUUUCUACAUGUGUUGUACGUACUGAGAUGCAUUGUUGUGUCUGUGGGUUUGGCAGCUCUCCUUACAUCUGUUAUCACAGUCAACAUGAAGACAAAAAACCAAACGAGACACAUGGAUGAUAAUGAAGAUACAUUCAUGGAGGAAAACAGAGAAUAAUUCUGCUGCUGUCAGAUUCUGAUCAACAGGAAUCAGUUCAACUGAAGGAAACCAACAGUUAGAUUUAGAUUUUAAAUAAAGGAAAACAGUUUCAUUAAAUAUCUGUGCAGGUUGUGAAGUUGGAUAAGAAUAUGUUUAUAAAUAAACGCAUCAGUUGUUUUUGUUGUGAAGUAACUCCAGCCAGUAGAGAGCGCUGUUGGACCUUCAGCUCCCAUCACGACAUCACAACCUCUAUGUAAGCUAUGUUUCAAAACAAAUUCAGCCGUUUCAUAUUUUGACGUUUAUUUUUAUAUUUAUGAUGUUUAUGAUUCAUUUUUUAUGCAGUUUUCCCAAAUUGCUGGCCUUUAUUUUGACGCACAGAAAAGAAAACAACCUGCUGCUUUGUUCUCUUUGGAAAUUUUUCCCUUUCACAGUUAAGUGAGCUGGAGAUUUUUCCAAAUAUUUUCUGUGAUAAUCCAAAAAAUAUGUAAUUUCAAAAGAAAAACAGUUGAUAUAAAUGUGUUGUUGCUCUGCAGAAUUCAAAAUAAAACU